CACUCUCCUCUAACACUCCUUAAUGAAAUCCAAACCUCAUCUCAUCUCCCUGUUAAUUUAAUCAAACUUGGGGCUUAAAAUAAAAAUUUGAAAGUAAGACUUUUUCAGCCUUUGACUAACGUAACUUACAAAUAUUACACCACCAUAAACCCUUAAGCCCAUGAUAUACCGCCAAAGAGAGAUCGAGAUGAAAGACACCAAAUGUAAAGGUUGGAUGUUGGAUGUGAUGACCGGGAGUUCUGGGGCUCAUAUGCAUUAUUUUACGGGUAAUGUAAAUGGUGUUGUCACUCAAGAAGUGAGGGAUGGUGGUCAACAUAAAGAAACUUUAAUACCAAACAGUAGUCACGUUCAUUCUCAAGGUGUACCAGUAAGAUAUAUAACAGACGAAGAUCAAAAUGAUGUUGAAGAAGUCCAAGCCAAUAAUGAAUCUAUUUGUGAAGAUGAAUCAAGUGUGAUGCUAAUGACAGACAAUGUGCUCUAUAGUCGAGAUGACUUUUCAGAAUGCUGGUGAACCUCGGACAACAAUGGCAAAUUAUAGUGUCAAAUGGGGCUAAAAAUGAGGAUCCCAAUGAAAAAUGUAGAUUGAGUGCUUAUUGUUGUAAUGAAGACGGGCAUCCUUUUAGGGUUUGGAUUUCAAUGAAUGGGAAAACCAUGGUCCUGCAGUGAAGGUUAUUGCAUCGAAGUACAUGUGUUUUAGACACUUUGUUCUUCCUAGUGUAAAUGAGAAGUGGUUAGCUAAUUAUUUUAAGGAAACAAUAUACAGAGACCCCACUUUUAGAGUGCAAGAUAUGAAAAAAUAGGGUGAGGAGAAACUGAAAGUAAAUGUCAGUUUCCAUAAGUGUAAGAGAGCUAAGAGAGAGAUUACUCAAGAACUUGAUGGAAGCUACAAAGCAAGGUUUGGAUAUUUAGAAGCUUAUGUUGCAAUGUCAGAAAAUAGUAAUCUAGGUAAUAAGGAAAAAAUUGAGCUAUAUAAGGAAUCUUUAUCAGAAGGUAAAAGAGUCUUCUCAAGAACUGUAUGCUUUGAAGCAUGUAAGAGGAUCUAAUUAGCACGCUACGUUGCAGGAAAAUAAUUGGUGUUGAUGGUAGUUUUUUUAGAUUUGUGUGUAGAGGUGUUUUGCUAACAGCGGAUGGAGUGGAUGGAGAUGGAAAGACGGUUCCUAUUGCAUGGGUUGUUGUUGAUAAGGAGAAUAAGGUAAACUAGAAAUAGUUCUUGAGUUGGUUACGACAAGAGCUAGAUCUUGUGGUUCAACUAUAACUCUAAUAUCAGACAUGCAAAAGGUUCAAUGUGCAUAAUUACUACUGUAUAGAGAUGCUUAUUUAAUGAAAAUGCUACUUGUAUGUGUUUGUAGUGUACACAUGGAUUAAUCAAUAUUGUGACUCUUGUUAUCCCAAAGGUAGAGCGCAUAUUUUGUGCUAGAUACAUUUAUGCUAACUGGUAAAAAAUGGAGAGGUGAAGAAUUUGAAGAGAAUAUGUAGAAGUUAAGGUUUAAAGUGCAUUUCUGGUAUAAAUAAGAUGCGUAUAAAGCUGUUCUACUUCAAAUCUUUUAUUUACUAUAGAUUAUGAGUUUCAAAUAGAUCAAAUGUGCCAUAUCAAUAUUCGAAGUGUGCAUAUCAACAACAACAAAGUGUUGAGUUCAAAAAAGGGGUUUGGUCAAAUGAGAACAUGACCACCUACUUAAUUUAAUUAGCUCUAUAAAGUUCAUUUUUAAUUCAUUUUAGUGCAUAAUAAACAUAUAAAUAUAUUUACAACAUCACAUUCUUC